GCUUUUCAUUUCACUGCCACUUUUUUCCGUUGUAACGGAGGCCUUGUCUUCCCAGGGUGUAGCGUGAAUUAUUUGUAAGCUAAUGAUGAACAGAAUCCGGAUCCACGUGCUGCCAUCCAGCAGGGGCCGCGUAUCUCAGGCCGCACGUGCUCAAGAGUCCCAGACGUGCUCCUUUACACAAAGAACCUGUUCUCAGCCUCGCCUGGAGGGCUUGGACUUCUGCAUCAAGCACAUCUUGGAGGACAAAAAUGCACCUUACAGGCAGUGCAGCUAUGUCUCCAAUAAGAAUGGGAAGCGCUGCCCCAGUGCUGCACCAAAACCAGAGAAGAAGGAUGGAGUUUCGUUUUGUGCUGAGCAUGCACACAGAAAUGCAUUGGCGCUGCAGGCACAGAUGCGUAAAGCCUCCUCUGGACCAUCCCCUGAGCUUCUGCUGUCUCAGCUUAGUGGUUAUAACAGGUCAGAGUUUGGAGCUUUCAGCCAAGAUAGUCGCAGUGAAGCCAGUCGUAUUUUAGAUGAGGACAGCUGGAGUGAAGAUGAACAGGAACCAGUGAUGCUGGAUCAGACAUGGAGAGGAGAUCCAGACAGUGAAGCAGACAGCAUAGACAGUGACCAUGAAGACCCUCUUAAACAUGCUGGUGUGUACACAGCUGAGGAGGUGGCUUUGAUUACUCGGGAAAAGCUCAUCAGACUGCAGUCGCUCUAUAUUGACCAGUUUAAACGGUUGCAGCACUUGCUGAAGGAAAAGAAGAGACGUUACUUGCACACUCGGAAGAUUGAACACGAAACGAUAGGCAGCAGUUUAUUAACAGGGCCUGAGGGUUUGUCCAUGAAAGAAAGGGAGAAUCUGAGGAAGCUUAAGGCAUUGCGGCGUUACCGUCGGCGUUACGGAGUCGAGGCUCUGCUACACAGACAACUGAGAGAACGCAGACAGGCUGUUACAGAGGGAGGAACCACACAGGCUCAUUCAGUACGGCCAAACCAGAGGUGCAUUUCCUUUGUGGAGGGGACGCGAUGUUCUAACCCAUGUCUGCCAUUGACCAGACACUGUGUGUCUCAUAUUUACCAAGACAGUAGCCAGGUGUUGUUUAAGGUUUGUCCAGGCCUGAAGGAUUUACCUUGUGACAGGCCGGUGCACAUGGGCCAGUCCGAUGACCCGCGGUGUCCGCUACACCUCUCCCUGCCUCCCUCCAUGUACCAGCCAGAGCAGGAGCCACUAGCACAGGAACAACUUGCUUUGGCACCCACGGACAUGUACCUGAGUGCUGCUGAGCUCCAACCCACCGAGAGCCUACCACUGGAGUUUAGUGAUGAUCUGGAUGUAGAUGUAGGCGAUGAGGAGAUGCAGUUUCCACCGUCUCCUCUGCUCUUCGACACAGCACUUGCACUAGAGGACCAGACCAUCCGUGCCAUAGCAGAGGCCCCCAUGGACUUCCUAACCUCAACACAGGAGGGAGAACUCUCUGAGACAGACGAAAUGUCAGUAGCAGAUCAGGCCUUGUCGGAGGUAUCCGAAACAGCAGGAGACGAGGAUGCCACACGGAAUUCAUCAAAGGAGCCUGACACAAUAACAGAUGCCACAUCCUGAGCACCUUCUGACCUCAUCUUCUCAGCUGUCUAUAAACUUUACGAACUAUUAUUGACUGGUCAUUUUCUUGGUCUCUUUGUAGCAAAAAUGUUGCUCUGUAUUUAUACAUGUAUAUUAAAACUUGCUAACAAAAAGACAAUGAUCAUAUAGACUGUACACCUCUGUCUUUUUUUAAACAAACUCUGACCCUGGUCAUAAAUCUCUAGUAUGUGCUUAUUAUUAAGUGUAUUUGCUGUCACCACCCACACGCUGGCCAACGAGGGCCAAGUCACCAAACACUUUUCACCAGCCAGCAAUGGACUCUCACCAAGAGCUGUACUGCAGCUGGAGCACCACACUACUGUAUGUCCUCUGUGUUUCUCUAAUAACUGGCCCGCUGCCUAGACCAGUCAGGCUAAAUCAAAUUCCUUUCUGGUGUGUUUUACUGCAAACAUUGCCUCAAAACACCUUUACAGGUUUUAGGACCAAAUAAACCACUCAAUCAUGUCUGUUAAACACCUGGCCAGGUGGGCAGCACAUGCUUUUGGUCAUAAUGUGUAAAUGCCUUAUGUACUAGAUGUUCAUUAAAGGUUUCUUUUGUCUCUUCA